UACAUCUUCCCUUAUUCUAAUCACCAAACCCAUCUCUGCAGCUCCAUAUGUAAAGAAACCAACAGCUAUAAAAAAGAGAGGGAGGGGGGAGGGAGCGAGAGCGACCGACAGAGCUGGUCACAUACUAAUCUUCCCUCUUGACUAUGGUUACACUUGCAUGAAAGCGAGAGAUAUAAAGCGGGGAAGAAAAAGAAGAGAAGGACAUAUUAUGGAAGGAUAAGAUGGUGAGGCGACGGCGUUGUUGGGGUGGUACUUGGUUGUUAUUUGAGAAGCUAAAAGCCUCCUUCACCAGCAGCAGCUGUUGUCAGUGCCCUCACAGAUGGGUCAGCUCCAAUUGUCCACGCUCCUCUCCCUCCUUAGUCCCCACCCCUCUCAAACCAACCAGGAAUAAGAAAAAAAGAAAAUCAAAAACUAAUAUCAGCCAACAAACAGAAUUGGAACUAAGAAAGAAGAAAAAUCUCCACUGAAAACCAAAAAAAAAAAAUAAAGAAAAUAAAAGAAACAUCUCCCUUUCCCUUCCUCUCCAAUAGUCCAAUUCCUACUUUGAGACCUGCUAACAAAAACCUAUAGCAAUAGCAUUCACAUCCAAAACAUACCAAGAGAGUAGAGCAGAAGUGAGAAAAAGAGAGAUCUCCCACUCUCUUUUCUGCUCCUCUUACCCUCCAUCUCCUACUUCAAGCCCAGAAACAAAAAGGUUCUCUCCAUGAAGCUCCACAAGAAACAUAUCGAGUGAGUGAGUGAGUGAGAGAGAGAGAGAGAGGAGAAGGAGGAGAAGAGGAAGAGGAAGAAAAUUUUCUCCCCCCCAUGCACCCUCUUUCUCCCAAUCUUUGCCUUCCUUUUCUACCUCUCUAUAUCUUAGCGUAAGUCCUGUGAGCUGCGCUGUGCUGGUCAAAGCUACUACAGUUACUGCACUCGGCGCCGGCAGGGGCAGAGAUGAGCGAGCGAGAGACCCGCGACUUCACGAGCGUCGACUCCUUCUCCCAGCUCCCAUUCAUCCGUCCGGCGCCCACCCGUGAGAAGCCCUCCGCCGCCUCCACCUUCCGCCUCUUUGGCAUCGAGGUCCCUCACGAGCCCGACACUGACGAAGAUCCCUCCAAAGACCCCUACACCACCGCCAACCCCAACAGCGGCAGCAACGGCGAUGGCGGCAGUGGCGAGAGAGAUCGCAAGUUCGAGUGCCACUACUGCUGCCGCCAGUUCCCGACAUCACAGGCCCUCGGCGGGCACCAGAAUGCUCACAAGCGUGAGCGACAGCAUGCCAAGCGAGCCCAAUUCCAGUCAGCUAUGUCAGCCAACCACCAAUCCACCGCCGAGGGCCACCACAAGUACGGCUUCCUCGACCACCACCGCCUCGGCCCGCUGCCGGCCGCCGGCAGCUUUGGCUUCCAUCCCCCUGCCACUCGCCAAUAUCCUUCAUGGAGCAGUUCGAGCACCACCGGUAGCAGCGUCGGCAGCCGGUUCUACGGCGAGCGUGGAUCGGUGAGCCAGCCUAUCAAUGGAAGCCCCUUGCCGGGCCUCUGGAGGGUUCCCACAGCGGUGCAUGGCGGUGCGAGCAUGGGACUAGUCCAUCGGGACCGAACAACACCGCUGCCCUUGUUCGGAGGGGACGAGUCCGGGGCGAUGGGUGUCGGUUUGAGUACUAUUGUUGGUUCUUCUUCUUCCUCUUCUUCUACAUCUCCACAGAACUACCAAACUGGUGUAAAAGAGAAUGUGAGCUUGGAUCUGCACCUGUGAUUCAUAGUCUUUUAGAGCUUCUAAAUGGCAUUGAAAUUUGGAUUCGGAUUUCUUUUUCAGAAGAAAAUUGGAUGUGGAAAUUUUCAGGCAGUUAGCAGAGUUGGAAUCUACCUUCCCAUCCUACAUUUUUGUUUGCACCACUAUUAUUAUUAUAAUUUUGAAUAUUUUUAAUGUUGAAGAAUUCGUGUAGACUUCUUGUCUAAUUACUUUGGUGGUAGACUGCCUUUUAUCCAACCAUAACCGUAUGUAUAGCUAA